AUGCAAUUCAAGAACAUCGUCGCUGGCGCAGCCGUGCUGCUUGCCUCUGCUUCAGGUGUCUCGGCCCUCGGAUCCGCUACUGUUGUGAACAACUGCGGCUUCCCUGUCUACUACGCCUCUGUCGGCGGAAGUGCCAACCCCGGCAUGCAGCAACUCCAGGGUAGCUACAGCGAGGGGUACAGCUCGCAAGGUACUGGUGUCUCGAUCAAGCUUUCCCCCGAAGCCAGCACCUCGGGCCCCGUCUCACAAUUCGAGUUCACUUGGGCCAACGGCAAGAUCUCGUACGAUCUGUCCAACAUCAACGGCUACCCUUUCUCUGCUGGCGGCAUGGAAGUCGUCCCUUCGAUGCAGAACGACCCCAACAACCCGACAUGCGUUCCCGUCACUUGCCCCGCCGGCGCAUCUGUCUGCUCUGCCGCCUACAAUCAGCCGGAUGAUGUCCGUACCAUGGUCUGUGAUGAGGACUCUAGCCUCGUCUUGACCCUCUGCCCUGGUGGGUCCGGCAAGCGAAGCAUCGCCGACGCUGGGAGCGACAUUAUCUCCCGUGUCCAUGCUCGACACUUCCCUAGCCAGGCCUAG